AUGACUAAGAAGUUUGAUAAUUUUAGCAUUUUAUUGAAGGAAAUCAUGGAUGAGGAGAGCAGUGGAUGUGACGAAUCACUUGAUAAUGAUAUUCUGUGUAUAGAGAGCAAAGAAGCCGAAGAAACAGAGCAAAUCUAUGAAGCAUGUGAAGAAGUAGAAAACCACCAAAAUAUGGCUAAGUGUGAUCUAAAGAAUAUAGCUCCUGGAACUGUUCUGACAAUCGAAAAUGGCGAAAUCAAACUGGAGAAUACACUAAAGAAGACUCCGGUGGAAACUAAGAGCAGAACCAAUAACUAUUACACAAGUGAAGAAUUAUCAAAUAUGAAAAUAGAGAAACGUAAGGACAAUAGCAAGAUAAUAAACGUGAACAAGAAGAAGAGAAAGAUAAGACCAUGCCGAAACUACGAUGAUUAA